UGGCAACCACAAUUCACGCAUUUACGGCAAUGACACACAUGCACAUACACCACUAACCAGAUUAACCAGGCAACGUGUUGUGCGUCGCGAGUUUUCACUUUUUUCGUAAAAAUCGUAAGAGGAACGUUUUUUCACUGUUUUUAGAGUUUAGACAAUUAAAAGUAAUUAAAAGGACGCAAGAUGCCGAAGGACCAAGAACAAUUCGACGGAAUGUUGCUGGCGAUGGCUCAACAACAUCAGGGUGGAGUGCAGGACCUGCUCGAUACGAUUUUUAGUUUCUUGGCUAGAAAAACAGAUUUCUAUACUGGUGGUGGCGAAGGAGCAGCAGAAAAGCUCGUGAUGAGUAUAUUUAAAAGGCACGAAGCGACAGCUGUAACAAAAACCGAGACAGAGAAAGCAGAGCGGGCCGAACAGGAGAAGAAACGUCGAGAGAGACUUGAGAAGAAGCGAAAAGAGGAACAGGCCGCUGAAAAAAUGGAAACUGACUCAAAAAUUGUAGAGCUCACUGACGAGCAGGCUGCAAAACUACAAGAAGAAAUAGACAAUAAGAAAGCCGCUCAGAAACUGGAGGCCGUCGCAUCGUCUAGCUCCAUGGAAAGUGAAAUCACAACUAAAUUAGAAGAUUUAGAGGAAGAAGAGGACGAGAGUGAAAAGGGGAAACUGAAGCCUAAUAAUGGAAAUGGUGCGGAUCUGCCCAAUUACCGGUGGACGCAAACUCUUCAAGAAGUCGAGAUAAGGGUGCCUUUGAAUGUCAGUUUUACUGUAAAGCCUAGAGACGUCGCUGUUCAGAUUUCAAAGAAACAUCUAACUUGCGGCGUGAAAGGACAACCUCCGAUCAUCGAUGGAGAUUUCCCGCACGAGGUCAAACUCGAAGAAUCGACCUGGGUUAUUGAGGACGGCAAAACGCUGCUAAUCAACCUGGAAAAGAUAAACAAAAUGCAAUGGUGGGCUCAUGUGGUGACGAGUGAUCCAGAAAUCAGUACAAAGAAGGUCAGUCCUGAGCCAAGUAAACUGUCCGAUCUUGAUGGAGAAACAAGAGGUCUUGUCGAGAAAAUGAUGUACGACCAAAGGCAAAAGGAACUUGGUCUACCGACCUCCGAUGAACAGAAAAAGCAGGAUGUUAUUAAAAAGUUCAUGGAGCAGCAUCCUGAAAUGGACUUUUCCAAAUGCAAGUUCAACUAACUUGUUGUAGAUAUGUAAAAAUAUUUUACUACUCCUCAAUUGGAACCCUCAUCGCUUCAAUUCAGAUCGGGAAUAAAGUUACAUCCAUCGAGAUUAGCACUGCAUCUUUACCGUUACUCCUAACUUAUCAUCGGAGGCGAUUCACGAGUUUAAUGAAUAGUCGGCAGACGGCAGGACUUACUGGUGAUUCGAAGACCAGAUUUUUGACACAUAAACUGAUUCAAAUUUUUUUUUUCUAGAAUAUGUGGUUUUAAUUUUGUCAAAGAUUUUUCGUAUUACACGUACUUAUAUGUGGCGUCAUUUUUUAUAUUUUCGUUACCGCACAAAUAAAAAUCGAAUUGUCAAGAAACUAAAUGUCUGAAGAAAUCUACCGCUGAUACAAAUUUCUAUGUGUAACACAAGAUCGCAAGCGGGCAUAUUCUUAUUUACAUUUUUAAAGUACCUACAAUAUUAUUUACAAUGAUGAGAAUUUUUUUUUAAGUUCAUAAUUAAUAUUUCGUAGAUUACGAAUCCGUUUGCAAAAAUGAGCUAGAACGUCGAGAUUUCGUGGAAAUCAGUGUCGCAGGAUUAAACAUAUACGUUUUUGACCAUUUAAUAGCUGAAAGGAAAAUUUUACAAACUUUUAUUUGAACCUACGUCGAAGUCAGAACCGGCUGAUGCUUUUUUUCUAGGCGUGGGCUGUGGCAUAUACUUAUAAUAUUGAACGACACAUACAUAAAUAAUGAAAAACAAUAAAUGGUAAAUAAUAAAUAAUAAUAAA